ACGACGACAAAACAGCGGACACAACGCGCAGCCACGAGCCCGAGCGCAAAGAUCGGGAAACUUGAUUGUCUCGGGAAAAUUCCCACUAGCGCAUUCUUCUUCGUAUCUCGCCGUGAUCUCGGCAAUUACUGCAUUCGUCCCAUCUCACUUCAAACACGGUUGAAUAUGCAGCGAGCGACUCUCUCACAGGGCUUGUCUACUUUCCGUCGGCAAGCCAGCCCAGACACACAGCUCCGCAUGUCUUGUAACUAUAUCAGAAUGCGUCUGCCCACGGUGAUGUCUCUCGCCAAACUCAAGCUACCUACCACAUUACUCCCCAAUGGCUCGUCUCUACGACUCCGUGGACGCUGAGCAGCUCCAAAGGGAUGCGGACGAAUGUCUGUUGACCUAUGGCACAGCCUUCCACCCUGAGAUCAUCACAUCAACGGACGGUAUUUACAUGGAGACGCAGAGUGGACACAGGAUGAUGGACUUCACAUCGGGACAAAUGUCGACAUUAAUCGGACAUGGCCACCCAGAGGUCGUGAAGGUCGUCAGCGACCACGCACAGCAUCUCGACCAUCUCUUCAGCGGCAUGAUUAGCCCUCCUGUCAUCAGCCUUGCUAAGCGCUUGACAGGAGCUGCACCUGCAGGUCUUGACAAGGCGUUCUUUCUCAGCACUGGCGGUGAAAGUAAUGAGGCAGCGAUCCGCCUGGCUAAAUUUUACACUGGAAAGUUCGAGAUAGUUGGUCUCGCUGCUUCAUGGCACGGAAUGACCGGAGCAUCGCUCGGCGCACAGUACCACGCCGGACGCUCUGGCUAUGGACCCAACAUGAUUGGUAACCUUGCACUGCCCACACCAAACUCGUACCGAUCAAUCUUCCGCAAACCUGAUGGAUCGCACGACUGGAGGACUGAACUGGACUACGGCUUCGACCUUUUGGACAAGCAGUCCUGUGGCUCACUUGCUGCGGUCAUCGUCGAACCUAUCUUGUCAAGUGGCGGUAUGAUCGAACUACCACCAGGUUACCUCAAAGUGCUCAAGCAGCAUUGCGAAGCGAGAGACAUGCUGCUCAUCAUUGACGAAGCUCAGACUGCGCUAGGAAGAGCUGGAGACAUGUUCGCCUUCACACAUCACCCAGAAGAUGAAGGUAUAGUGCCAGACAUCGUCACUCUCAGCAAGACACUGGGUAACGGCAUCCCACUCAGUGCGGUCCUGACGUCGAACAAGAUCGCGCUGCAUGCGAAGGAGAACGACUUUCUCUUCUAUACAACACACAUCAACGAUCCGCUUCCAGCAGCUGUCGGUGACAAAGUGCUCGAGAUCGUGAUUAGAGAUAAUCUCUGCGCCCGGUCAAAGCGCCUUGGAAUUAAGCUGCAGGCUGGUCUUAGAAAUUUACAAAUGCGUUACGAAUGCAUCGGUGAUGUGCGUGGCCGGGGUCUGAUGGGUGGCAUGGAGAUUGUAGGAGACCGCCAGACCAAGGUCGGCGCACCGCAAGUCGGUGCAGCCGUUUCAAAAAAGAUGAUGGAGAUGGGACUUUGGGCGCAAUUGGCUACCAUGGCAUCAUUUGGUGGAGUGUUCCGUAUUGCCCCGCCGAUUACAGUCACUGAGGAGCAAUUGGAUCUUGCCCUUGCCAUCAUCGAAGAGGCCUUGAGAACGACGCCAGGCACGAUGCCGCUGUAUGAUUAAGAUGAGACACCGAGCCGAACUAUAUUGAAUCGAGAUUGUAAGAAAACAUACAGCUGAAGCCUGAAGCGCAAGUCUGCAGUCUUGCUCAGUCUCAUAACUCAAGAAAUAUCCAACCUUAUGUGCUCCUUAAUCAAAUUAACCUCAACCUCCCG